CAGGCAGCUUUAAAAAUUAGGGAUUCGAGCAGACCUAAUUUAUUGGUUCACCUGUUCGGUCCUUUGCGCCAAAUAGUGGUAAUUCAUAAGCAAUCCAGAGUUCAGACUCGUCACUUUAUAGUGUGGAGUUCCUUAAGCAACUUCAUUGAAAUACCUCACAGAAAAAAGGAGGAAAGACCGCAACAAGGUUAGCCUACUCGGCAACGAGAGUGAUUAAAUUGAACUGAGGCUAAGACGCUUUUGGUAAAGCGAAUGGCACUGACAGCCCACAGUCAUUUCUACAAAACAGCUGCUGCUGGCCGAUCGUAUUUGCUGAUAUCAAGGCAGCCUGUGUCCUGUUGGAGAUGGUCCAAACGAGAUCGAGUAGACAGCGUUCUCACUGGCUGGAACUAGCCUAUAACGGUUCAAUCCAAUAGUAGGACCCAAAAACCUUCGCCACACAGGGCUAAAGAAGCAAGCACACCAGUAAUUUGCGCGACGAGGGACGAAACAAGCGGAGAUUUGAAGAUUGAGAGACAGAGGGGGAUUGCAUAGCAGCUGUAAGACUAAAACGAAGACCCUAUUUUUUCUCUCGCGGAUACUUUACGAAGCAUGACGGUAACAGAAUGAAGUAGACACCAUAGACACCAUAGUGAUAUGACAACUCUCGGGGAGUGGCCCUCACACUGCAAACCAGAAGCAGCGCCUCCCAGACGCCCAAAAGCAGCACCUUCGAGACCCAGCGGCCAGUCAUGACGUCCUCCCACGGCGACAGAACCUCACGCAGAUCCGUAUGACAGAGGUGUGGCAGGGACACACCACCGCACACAACAGAUAGCGAAAAACUUUAAGGCACACGUGUGGGAGACCGACAAUGGAGGUGGAAGGACACCUGACGACCAACGAUAGCCAGGCCAAGCCCUCGACGCACGCCUGUGACCUCUGCGGCCGAACGUUCCCUUUCCUUAGCGCCCUCACCAAGCACAUGCUGAAACACGCCAAGGACAAGCCUGUGAAGGGCUCGACGGACGCGGUCAAGCUUGAGAGCAGCUUGGGUCAGACCUCCAUGGAGAUCCAAGAACAGGAAGAGAAGGAAGGGCAGCGGGAGGAGGAGGUGAAGAAGAAAGAGGAGGAGGUGAUGGAAGGCGAGGAGGAGGAGAAGGAAGGAGGGGUGCCGGAGGAGCAGGAGGGUUGCUCCAGCCCCACGGAAAGCACCUCGGCAUGCAACCGAGUGGUCAACGGCGGAGGAGGAGAGAAGGACGCUGUCAAGUCCCAGAGGAAGGGACCGGGGAGGAAGGAUAGGAGUGAGGGGAAUCCCUGCCCUCUGCGACAGAGGACACUCCGCAGCCAGACGGAGCAGGACCGGGGCUCGGCCGUGCCUCCCGAGGAGGAGGCUCCGCUCGCCUGCCAGCUGUGCGGCUUCAAGGCCUCCAGCAAGGAGCAGCUGCUCAGCCACGAGGAGAAGGUACACCUCCCCUCGGAUGCCCUUGCCAGUGGGGAGGGCUCCCCAGACGAGGGGGCCCCAGCGGACGGGGAUCUCCCUCCAGCGGGGGAGUACCCCUGCGGGCAGUGCGACCAGGUCUUCACCCAGGCCUGGUUCCUCAAGUCGCACAUGAAGAAGCACCAGGGCCCCCUCGACCACGGCUGCCGGAUCUGCGGCCGGCGUUUCCGCGAGCCAUGGUUCCUGCGCAGCCACAUGAAGACGCACGUCAUCCGGGCCAAGCCCAAGGCGGGAAACCCCGAAGUCCCGGCGACCAUCAACGGGGUGGCCCAGGACGAGACGGCGCUGGUGAACGACGUGUGUCUCUACGAACUUUGCGCCAAAUGCGGCAACUUCUUCCAGGACCGCCAGAGCUUGUGGUUGCACGAGCAGGUCCACGAGCGCGUCAGUGGUGGCCGUCGUGACGCAGAGAAAGAAAACGAGCCUCUGCCGAACAACACUAGCGACUCCAAGACUCCCACGUCGAAGAAAGCUUUCCUGGAGUUCCUGAACCUCAGAGAAGCAGGCUCCACAGAGAAACCUCCAGAGGAGUCCCAAGUGAGCCGAAUCCCCGAGCUCGACCCAAUAAGCAGCUACCAAGCCUGGCAGCUGGCCACCAGGGGCAGGGUGGUGGAGGCCUCCGAGCACAGCCUGGGCUGGGAGGAGAGGCUGGCGGAUGCCGACGUGGCCUACGACCGGGAGAAGGGUGAGUACGUCCUCCUAAAGCAGGAGAAGCGGAAGAAGCAACAGCUUGUCGCUCCGAGCACUUCGAACACUCCGAGCGCUGCCAAGAAAAAACGAACGUCAAAUAACGGCGCCACUGGGGCGGAGGAAAACGAACAUGGCUCCUCCGGAGACGUUAGCCCAGAGAGCCAUUCCGACUCGGAAUACCGCCCAACCACCACAAACAGUCGCCGGCCUUCCCAGAACAAGACCUCUGAGUGCCUGGAGUGCGGCAAAGGUUUCCGCUCGCAGCAGCAGAUGGUCAUCCACAUGCUGAUACGGCACGGAGGGGGCAGCGGUUUCGGAGCUGGGAUGGAGUCAUCCGCCCCAAUAUUCAGGGACGCAGCAGCACUCUCUUUCUUAACAAACGCUGCGUUUAGGGAUCAGAAGCCGGCUGGACAAACCAAAGACUCAGCAGACAAAAAGCCAUCGAGUGAUCGGCACUCAGCCUUCAAGCACAGCGCAGGCUCUUCCUCGUCCCACCAGCAGGGGUCAGCAUCGCAAAGCGACAGUAGCGAGCCUGGCGCUGCCAGCCUCAUCCUGGCUGGGGAGAGCACUGAGGGCUCCUCGGUCCUGGACCCCGUCAAGCAGCCGGACGGCCUGGUCCGGCAUCGAUGCCCAUUCUGCACCCACAGCACGCUCUACCCGGAAGUGCUGUGGAUCCAUCAGCGUGUGGCGCACAAGGUGAACAGCAGCAGCACGCUGGCCCCCAAGUGGGCUCUGCGGAACGGCUUCAAGGGCCCGCGCUCGACCCUGGAGUUCCGCCGGCGCACCGGACCACCACCUUUCCUGGAGGGCAAGGACUGCCCGGCGCUGACCGAGACCCGCAAGCCGCGCACCCAGCCCCCGCAGCCCCAGAGCCCUGCUGCGGCCAGCGGGUCCAAGACUGACCGCACCAGCACUAGUGAAUCCAGCCCCUCCCGGAGCAGGGGACACCCCCACAAAGCCUCCUCAUCAUCCUCCACCUCCACAUCAGCGUCCACUCCUUCUUCCAAACCCAAAACGAGUGGCAGCACCGGUAGCCGAAAGCGACCCGCUGAUGCUUCUGCAGCCUCCAACCCCUCAGGGACCCCCAAGAAGCCCUCGGCCCACGCGCCCAGCCCAAAGACAUCAAGCAGGGCUGCUGCCAGCAGCCUUCUGCCCCAAGAGGGCCUGCACUUUGUCCUGGCCAGCCAGCACGGGCAUGAGGAUCAGGGCAAGGCCCCCUCCACGCAGUGCAGGGACGACUCUCCGGCCACGGCACCGACCUCGGCAGCGGACUCAUCCCUCCAGAACUCGUCCGGGAGGGCACCAGACACCCUCGGUGGUUACCCAGGAGACGCCUCUCAGCUGGACGUCCUGAGCUUCCUGAAGAACUGCAGCCCAACUGAGCUGGCUGCCCUUUACCACCACUGGGGCCUUGGCACCACCGCCAUGCUGGAUCAAGCGGGAGUGGCAAGGUCCCUGUUGCAGCAGAUGAAGUAUGUUUGCCCUGUGUGUGGGAAGAGCUUCAGCCAACCCAGCCACUAUCGCACCCACAUGAGAUCCCACACAGGUGAGAGGCCGUUCCGCUGCCGCUACUGCCCCUACAGCGCCUCGCAGAAGGGGAACUUGAAGACACACGUUCAGACGGUGCACCGCGUGACUUUCGACAACACCAGCUACUCCGAAGGCCGGCUUCGACAGGAGGCUCAGCCCGAGGAGGACGCCGCCGCCCACGGACCCGCCACUGCCCAGGACCACCUGGAGGCAGAGGCUGCCGAUUCGGAGGGCCUCUCUGAAGGUCUGGGCUGAGGCGGCCUUCACACACCCAAUGGGAGAGACUUCUUCCUUGCCCUUCCCCUUUCAGAUCUAAACUCUUAUGCUGGUGUUUCCUGGAUGUCAGUCAAAACCUACACAUUUGAAGAUGUCUCCCAAACACUUAAAGACACUGAUGUGAUUCACACUGGUUCUUCUAGCCGAAUGGACUGCUGACAAGAGGAUUGAGUGAAUGCUCUUCCUGUUUGACUUUCACUGAUUUGAUUUGAUGGUGUUUUCACAACAAACACACCAUUCCCCACCCUCCCCUCCCCAUUACCUAGGAUAUGUAAUACUUGAGAACAAUGAAGAACUCAAUUCACAGCUAAACUAAAUUCACAGCUAAAAUAGUGGUGGAUUGGAGAGUCCUGUGUAUGGAAAUUCAUGUGAUGUGAAUUACAGAGACUCUGACUUGAAGACUGUGGAUCUGUAGACUUUUUUGAAUAUUGGAGUGCUUACUGUUGACUCCCAGCUUAAAAAAACAAACAAACAAACGAAUGGUAGCCAUAGCGUGAGUGAGUAGAUUUGCUAGCGUGGGAAGACAAGCUAGUGACUUCCUCCUUUGUAAACCUCAGGAUUAUUCUAUUAGUAAAACACGAUUCCAAAGCCUGUACUCUUAAAACACUGCUUGAGAACAAGCGGAGAAAUGUUAAACGUUUUGAUACACACACUGGCUGUUACUUGACUGUACUUUAGUCAUUUUCCUCCUUUUGUAGUCAACCUGUAUAAGAGUGUACUUCUCAGAUCAGUCCAUUCGGUCCAUGGCCAUGUGAAGGUUUCUUUGAACAAUUAAUUUACACUCCAGUGUGUACGAAGUCCUGCAUUAAUUGUUAAUGCGUGAAAGAAAUUCCUAAUGCGUUUCAAGACUCGUGAGAAUGAGUCUGCAUUUUCAUUAACAAAGGUUCGGUCCAUCUGUGGAACAUUUUGGUUGAUCUUUGAUGUUAAUAUGUAGUAUCUCCAAUUACAUACUAUACGCACGUAGCAAGACUACCAUAUACUCUGGCUAGAUUGUAAAAGCAUUCCGAAUUUCGUUCAGAAUUACCUAACGCUGGUGUCGUAACUCCAUCCGUUGGUAUGUUGUGUGGUGGAAUCUGAAAUGAUCUCGCACUAAUGAAAAGGGUUUUGAGUGUUAUUUUAAACGAAAGGUUUUGAUUUUUGACUAUGUCCCAGGGAUCAAUUCAUUAAUAAACCUUUUUUUGAGUUUGUUUUCAGUGUUAGCGUUUAGUUUACUGGACUAUACUGGACCAACACUGACCUCAUCAUGGAGGAAGCGAAGGUCUGACCUCAUGUUAGGACUUGAAGCCAUUGUGAUAGUGAAUUUAUGAGGAUUUUCUUAAUGUACAUAGCUGUUAGUUUGUACAAUGAUUCUGAGUUACUACAUGAUAGCGUGACCUACUAACUAAUCUGAAAAGACUGAAGGGCAUUACAGAAACAUAGUUUUUACAAGAUGAAUGCUGUAAGUUGAGUUUUGAUGUAAAAACAGUCAUUUUUACUCAAUAUAGCUGUUCUGUCUUUUUUUUAGACAGGUUCCCCCACAAGUUAAUACAAGGAUUUAAUUGAUUGAUCUAAUUAUAGUGAAAGAGUGGAUAAAUAUUUUUUCUUUUCAAAAACACUAACAGACAAAGGUUGCUUCCAUUGACAUGUAUCUGAUUUCUAUGUUUCAAAUUGAUGAUAGGGUUUGUUUUUAUAUAAAAUAGAGGCAGAGCAGCCACUGUUUCCCUUUACAAGUAUCGAAUAAAUGAAUGUUGUGUUUUUUUAUAGAUGGGUUAGGCUGUAGCAUCGGAAGUCUUUGUUUUUGAUUAGGCCUUGUUUUUUAUUUAGACAGUUGUUACACUCAGACAUUGUAUGGUCAUGGUCCAGACACACAAAAGAUCCCUCUUCCUGUACAGUAUCUUGUAUUACUUGAAUAUUGUUAUGAUUUUGAAAUAUCCUUCAAAUAAAGAUUACCCCCCACCCCAA